CAACUGCCAUGGCCAGUGCAGUGGUGCUGGAGCUGGAGCUAUCCAGCCUCCAAGCUGCAAAGUGCAAGAGCAGUCGAUUUGGCACUCACGCGACAGGUUCGCGGUUAGAAAGUCGGCCACAAAGAUCUUUCUUUGACUAGGAUUCCUGAUGAUUGCAUAGAUGGAUGGAUGCUUGGCAGUGUUCUUUUUCGUGACCAGGUUACAUUCUACCAUUUGAAGCGUUGAAGGGGCAAGAAUAAGCUGGACGAAAUCAAACUGGCUAGUUGGAGCUGAUUGACGGCGCAGAGAGGACUCUCACACGGCCGACAUUGGCCAUGAGUUUCUCUUACCAGGCAAGCCAGCCUGCUAUCAGUCAGCUGCGGUCCACGACAAGCCUGUGGUUCCACCCGUACAUCAGCCGCGCCCAUGGCUGCCGCAUGCUGGAAGGACGCGAGGGUGGCUCGUUCAUCUUGCGCGAAUCCAGCAAAGGCGGGAACUUUGCGUUGUCCGUAGUGCUUCCGGGCAGCAGCGGUCUCGGCCACUAUCUGGUGGAGAAGCGCGGCCCAAACUGCUUCCGCUUACAAGGCAGCGAGAACACUUUUCUCUGCCUGGAGGAGCUGCUGGCGCACUACUGUGAAAAUGACAGCAUUGGCAUGCCAUGCCGUCUGAGAGUGCCUCGCCAGCAAAUGCCCAAAUCAGUUGCAGCACAACCAUCAUCGGCUACCACUGCCAGGCCAGCUCUCCCGCCUCGCAACAGCUUCCGCAAGGCGCCGGCAAUGAAAUCGUCGCCGCAGUCAAUGCCGGCAUCGCUCCCGAACCGUGGAACACACUCGACCAUUCUCACUCCGCCAUCCAUGGUCAACCUUCCGAACAGUUACAACGGUAAUUCUAGUCUUCACGCUCACCCAGCAGCAACUCCCGGCAUGUCACCAGUCAUUUUAAGCCCAGAACUGGAUGAAGAGUACGCAGAAAUGAGCAGUCCAGGUGUUCGCCCAGUCCAGCAGCAGCAGCAGCAUAUGCAAGCAGAUGCCGAAGAGGAAGAGGAGUAUGCCGACAUGAGCAGUUCCAGCUCGUUGCGCCAGGCACAGAGCCACCCCAGUACCAGCGGCAGUGUGGGCGGCAUGGAUGAGCAAUUCGAGGAGGAGUACGCCGACAUGAGUGGUUCAGCCAUGGUAGCUGCAGCCGCUGCUGCUGCCGCCAAUGCAGCUCACCCAUCAGCAAACUUCAUGGCUCAGUCCAACCCUGAUGGUCAAUUUGAAGAGGAGGAAACGUAUGUUGAAAUGCAAGCUGGUAUGUAAGUGCUGAGGGGAACCUUUCCCUUGCCCAGUAGCUAUACCUGACCUCAUGUAUUUAAAUCAGGGAGACAUUGGUUGUUCUGUGUUUGCACUGCUGCCAUACCACGCCGACAGUGCACUCUUUUCUUAGCUGAGCAAGAAGAGCACUCUCGUGUCUGCCUGGUGGCCAAGGGGGUGUGCACUUGCUUGUGCAUACAGCAAUCGUGUUCUACCUUGACAGGAGUAGUGCAGCAAAACCAGUCACAUUCGUGUGAAGUGUAUGAGAAACAGUACGUAACAUGCACCAGCAUGCUCAGCUCCCUUGUCAAUUAACGGUUUGUUUGUCUGUGCCCUGCUUGCACAAACGCAAAGCACAGUUUAAUAGUUUCGCUCGCAUCGCUUGGCUUGACUUGUCUGCUGAAAAUUCAACAUCACCACCCUCUUUCCCUUUCUAGCUGCCAGCUCUCUAAGGCGGGUCAAAUGCCCAAUGAAAGUUUACCGCAUGCCAGUUCAUGAAAUGUCACCGUAUAUACAUUUAUAACUCUUUUUGGGCACGAACCUCCCGUCGCAUUAUUUUUAUUUUGUUCAGUGUUCUCCAAGUCCUAACUUGCUUAGUGGCGUUGUAGAAUACAUUGCGGCGCAUGCCUGAGAGGGGGUUUCCCAGUGUUGCGGCAUCUUUUUUCUGUUACCCGCGCUCUUUAAUAUAAUCAGCAGACAGACAGUGUGGACAGAGAACCUAGCUGGCUUUACAGUGUGUAUGCUUUCUGCGUCCGUUCCUGUGCUAUUUCAUACCGCGCUGCUGCCUGGUUGCCGCCGUGGGUGAUCUCUCUCUCUCUUUUUAUUAGCAGUUGUCUUUCCCAUCUGUUUAGUAGCUGUCGGAGCUUACCCUUGUGCAAGCGUGAUAGUUUGUGAUUGUGGCCCCUAGUGUGGUGUUCAAGUCUGAUGACGUUUUUGUAAGUUUUAGCUUCUUCAACUUUCCUGCCUUCUAGAUGGCGAUAGCUAUUGUGCCAUUUGCACUUCCAUCUCAAUAGAAAUAACUUUUGAUUGUUUUUGUUUUGUUUUUUACUAAGCGAGCCUGUUUUAUAUAGUCUUUCUACGAUAUAUUUUUUAAUUCGGUUUAUGCAUGAAGGAGCAGGCAACGCGAAGCAGGUUACUACGUAAAUGGUUUCAUCUUUGCACUGACAGCCUAUUUUUAAAGCGUUCUAUCUUGUUGAACAGAUUAUUGCUGACUGUCUUUCCGCUGGAAGGCUGACGGUCGGAAGAAUACUCCCUGUCACCUUCUC